AAGAUUUUCCGAUUAUUUCCGGAAAUACACGGAAGUAACCGAUUUGAAGGUAAACAUAAACAAAGAUGGCGUCGAGUAGGAACUUGUCAGAAAAAUUGACCAGAUCAUCGUGUUCUAGCACCGUCAGGUUUAAGAAUAUCCUCCCAAGAUUUAAGCCAUACGACACUAAAAGACCCAAAGGACGAAGUGGCCACUGCAUGUGCGCCGAUGAGUCGGAUAUCUACGUGUUUGGAGGAUACAGCCCCAUGGAUGAAAGGAACGGGGUUCGGCAGAGCAGAGUUUUACCUGAGCUGUGGAAGUUCAACUUUGCUACUCAGAAAUGGACAAACGUUAAAUCUGAUAACAUUCCAAUUACAUGUGCAUCAGCUUCUAUUGCAGUUCAUAAUAAGCAGGUGUUUGUUUUCGGUGGGACAGGUUACCCCUUUGGACAGAUAAUGAGUAACACAAUAAAAACUUUACGUAUGAACCAGCCAGCCAAAUUACAAGCUGCGGGCGAGGGCUGUAGCGAGAAAGGACCAGCUAAGUUAUGCUGGCAACUACUCGAAACAAGUGCAAUGUCUUACAGUGGUGGUGGAGAGGUUGAAGACGUUACCCCACCUCCAGCUUAUGGACAAAGUUUGAUAUUCCACAAAGAUGCAAUUUUUGUUUUCGGCGGUGCUAUAGGUUAUUACAGUGAGGCUGUUGCAGACUUACAUAAAUUGAGUUUUCACACAAUGUCCUGGGAGAAACUGCGGCCAACCGGCAAAAUUCCAAACGGAAGGUACAAGCAGGAGGUUGUGAAAGAUGGCGAAAGGUUUUAUGUACUUGGUGGUGGACGCCUACACAAUGCAGAGAGUCUUGACAAAAUCUACAUUUACCACAUAGCACGAAAUCACUGGACAGAGCACAACUCUCUUCCAGAUCCUGCUCAUGGCUACCCACUCCCAAGAUGCAGUUUUGGUUGUGCACAGGAGGGCAAGAAUGUUUAUGUCAGCGGUGGUAGACAUUAUAACCAAGACAUUGAACAUAAAUCUCUAUCUGACAUUUGGCACCUUAGACUUGAUACACUUCAGUGGACAAAACUUGCGAUGAAGCUACCAGAUCCAUUAUACUUCCACAGUGCCAUAGUGUCCCCUUCUGGCCACAUGUUUGUAUUUGGCGGUGUCCACAGAGAUGGGUACAGGGCUCCAUACUUGUACAAAAUACGACUACCUCUUACACUCCCAAAACUGUCUGAACUUUGCUGGGACAAGGUCAGUGUUAUGGCACGUGUCCAGAAGUUUAUGACUCCGGCAGGUCUUGCUGAUUUUGGUGUUCCUUGGAAUUUCAUAGAUAGAGUUCAGCCAUUUUAAGUCAAAAAUAUCUUGAUUGAGGAUGAAAUAGCUAUGUUAUGUGUUCAGUUGAUAUUUAUCAGACUAGUCCUUUUAUAUUCUACAAUGCCCUUGUUUUCACUUGGAAAAAAUAUGAAUCAAAGGUAAAACAAAUACUAUGAGUUACACUGUUCAAUAUUUGUAUCCAUUGUAAUAUGGUUAUGAAUAUCAGUAACCAUGGCAAUAUUUCUUUAGUUUCAUCAUCUCUUGACUUUUGUGCUAGAACUAGUAAUGGAAGUUUUAAGUGAUGCUCAAUAGUUUAUGAUAUUUACUAAGUCCAUGAUUUAGAGAUGAGAACACUAUUUUUUUCUCAUGAAAAAGCAGGUACCUACUUUUGUUAAUGCUUUAUGUUAUAAUGUAUAUAAUUGUCUAUAUACUUAUUAAGUGUGAGAUUAAUUUUAUUAGAUUUUUCUCUUUUUGUAUUUAUAAUACAACUUUCUGUAAAGCUUUUAAUAGUGAAAAAAAUAAGGUUAUUUCCAGGAACCUUGGAAGAAAGAUUGCCUUCAUCAAGUUGUUCAGUUUUUGAGUGUGCUGAGAUUGUCUCCCUUGCUGAUUUUGCUUUAGACAGACAUUUUCCCCAACUUCAGUCAUUUAAAUGUUCUGACUUAUGAUUUAAAAGUGAUUGAAUUCUAAAAGUAUAAGUAUAAUUGACAGUUUCAAUAUCUUAAAACAAAGAGUCAAUACUGUUUACUGGUAUAUGUGCUUAAGUGAAUGGAUUUUUUGUUACUGGGAUGGAUUUUGUUUUUAAACAGAUACAAUGUAUUUGAGAUAUAAGUUCAUGAAAAUGUGCUUUCCUGUGCUUUAUUUUGGUUGGUGUAUAUAUGUUUUUAUCUUAUAUUAUUAUAAUUCAACAGUGAGGCAUGACUUAUCCGCUAUCCUCGGCCUUUACUGCAGUAUUGUUAUGAGCUUAAAGUACAGACGCGCCUUGAUGCAUAAAGUUGAUCUAUAGUAUAUAUGUUAUGAACAUUAUAUUUGUGUUGUUUUACAAUGGGUUUUUAUAAGCACUGUUUUGUGCCUUUAUAAAUAUUCCUCAGCUUUCAAUUACACAUCAGCUUAAAAUUCUUACAUACUUCAUAUAUUCUUCUUAAAUGUAUCUAUACUGUGUAUAUAAAAGUAUAAAAAUUUAAGCUUUUUAGGCUUCAUCAUUUUGAAAAGCUUUUGGAAUGAAUUUAGAUAUUUUACUGGUAUUGUUUUAAUCUGUUUCAAAUUUUACUUUACAGCCUAUAUUUUGUAAUGAACUGUUUUUAGUAUCCUUUAUAAAUUAAGAUUAAUCUAGUGUUGUACAUUAAAAUUUAAAUAAUGUCUCUUUCAUUAAAAUACCUGUGUACAUUUUGUAUAAAAUGAUGAAAUUGUAGUCAUGCAAUUUGAUUACUUUACUCAUCUUUGAUUAACAUUUAGUGACAAUUAAGCAAAAUGGGCCUUCAGGUGUUUUCUUAUAUAUAUAUUUUAUAUUUCUUUUUUUUUGCAUCUGAAAGGGGUGGGGUUACUUUUAACUGAAAGAUUUUUUAACAUAUUGUCUUUGUUAUCAUUUCUUAUCAUAAAAUCAUACCAGGUCCUGUUAAACAUUAUACACUCUUUUAUACAUUUUAAAGUUUAAGAAAUGAAACAUCAGUUAGAAUGAUUAUGUACUGAAAAAUUUUUUUUUACUAAUCAGACAAUGUUUGACAUGUGGUUUAUAAAAUCAAUAAAAAUAGUUUUCAUAAAUAAAUAACAAUAUGUUUUAGGACAAUGUGUGGCAGAUGUCACAUUGUGUUGUUUAAAACACCUGAGGCUCAGUGUAGCUAUGUUGACAGAUUUCUUGUAAACACCUUUUAUUUCCUCAAUGUAAAAAAAAUCCUGGUUAUAUACAACCGUUAUAAAAACUUUUUUAAAGGGGCAUGUCCCUAGAUGAAACAAGUAUAUCACAACAUAAAAACUUGUAAAACAUAUUGCAAUAUCUCAGAUUAUAAAACAUCUAUCAUUAUCACCAUAACAGACUUCAAGUAAUAUUUUUGAGCCGCACCAUGAGAAAACCAACAUUGUGCAUUUUUCGACCAGCAUGGAUCCAGACCAGUCUGCAAAUCUGUGUAGUCUGUUCAGGAUCCGUGCUGUUUGCUAACGGUUGCUCUAAUUGCAAUAGGCUUUGAAAGCGAACAUUAUUGAUUCUGACCAAACUGCGCGGACGGGCAGGCUGAUCUGGAUCCAUGCUGGUCGAAAAUGCACUAUGUUGGUUUUCUCAUGGUGUGGCUUAAUUCUUUAUACCAGAUCGAGGCCUUGGCGCAAAACUAUUGUAUCUUGUUCUUUAUUAAUAUACACUUACAAUAGUUUUGCACCAAGCCCUCGAGAUAUAAUUCUUCUAAAACAUUUGCUUACAAACUUCAGGUUCACUUUUCAUCAUCAAAAUAUUUUCAUUUUAUCAUUUUCAUUAAUGAAAUGUUGUCAAGUUAAGAAAAGUUUUUUUUUAAAGUGGCACAAAUUUGAAUUGGUUGAAACUUUAUACAGCAGGCUGUCAAGUUAGGAAACUUAUAUAUUUACCUUACUUAUGUGACACUAUUACAUUUUAUGACAUCAAUGCUUAAAUAUGAAAUCAUGGUUUUUUAUUACAUCACUGGUAUGUAGCAUACAUACCUGUUUAAAUUUGUUCACAGUUUUUAUUGUUUGUGUAUCACAUUGCAAAGUUGUGUAUACAAGUUUUAGGCAUUUAAUGCACAUUUUAACUAUUUCAAUGUAUAAAUAAUUUUUAGGUUUUUAAUGAAAGUAUUGUAUGUUGUAGUGAUAAAUUCCUUACCAAAAUGUGAGACAUUUUUUUAAAAAAAUCUUAAUUUUGGAAGUUUAAACGUCAUUAUGUGUAAAGUUGAAGUUAUCAUUUUUUAUGUAAAGAAACCAUUACAGAUAAAAUUUUUUUCGUUGUGUGUGUGUGUGCAGUCUUUUGCACAGUAUUAAAGAGAAUUGUACUUUGCUUUCAGUGGCAGAUUAUAUCAAAAUUUUAAGGGUCUUAUCAUUGUGUAUGUAGGUUAAGUUGUUUGUUUUGAUUAGCCCCUUAUAUAAAUCUCAAAUUUGUUUAGACGGUCUUAUUUUCUUUACUUAAAGCCAUGUUUUUGUGUUGUUUAAAAGUGUUGUAAGAUGUUAGAAAAGCAAAGAAUGUUUAUGUCACUAACAGAUUACUUAUGUAUUCUGUUUUGAAUUCUGGAAUGUUAACAUCUUGGAAAGAAUUUUGGGCAUUAACAGAAAAAAUGCAAGUUUAAACUUGUACUCUUUAAAGCUUAUAACUAUGUGGUAGUUUGAAAUAUCUGCCAGUCUAAAUGCUAAAUGCCUUUAGGCAUGGAAAAGGAUUUUUUUUAAUUUGAAAGAUAGCUUUGAUACUUUCUUUUUUUGUCACUUUAAUGACCACAUAACGUAUAAAAAAAGUUUGUAAAACUAAUACCAUACAAUUUUUUUCACAUAAAUUUUUCAAUUUUUUUUGUGUGCUAAUGUUAUAAUUAUUUUUUCAAAGGACUGUUUUGUGAGUUUUAAACAAUCCACAUAUAUAUGAAGCCAGAAUGGAAAGUUUAAAACUUAUUGGUGUCCGGAUUGGAUGUAAUUUACAAUGAAAAUUAAUCGAAAAAAAAAAAAUUGACCAUAAAUUGAAAAAUAAUCAAGAUACUUUGAAAAUUAAGAACAUUCCUAUUACCUCCCUUGGAAAUAUUUUUUACAAUGAUGUAUUAUAAUCUGAAUGAUACGCCGUAUUUAAAAGAGAAAUCAAAGAAAAGUUUCCCUAGAAAAAGCAAAAACAUAUACUGUAGUUUAUUGCAUGUUUUUCAGUGAAAUGUUGCAUGGAUAAGAGUGAAGUAUAGCAGAAACUUUCCCAAUAAAAGAAGCUAUAAAAUAAAUUAACAUCAGUUAAAACUAGAAAUAAAAAGAAAAUGUGUUUGUUGCACUUGCAAGAUUAGAAUGUCUUUCUUUCUUGAACUAUUAUGUAUAUAAGUCAGUCAUAAAAAUAUUGCAUCUUGUCCUCAUUUUGAUCCAACACAGAAACAAAGAUCUUCUAUACAUUGAUCGAGCCUGAAAAGACAGAACUGAAAAAAUAUAUUCAUAUGCUGAUAGAUUUUCCUAGCAGGCCACAGUGCAGUAUAAUAAUAAUUUAUAUAGUAGUCUGCACGAGAAUCAAUGACUCGAGCACAUGGUCUUGAGCAGUUCAUGUAGACAGUGGCCAUUUUCCUGUAUUUCUAUAUUUGGACUGAUUUGGAACUCUGGGUAAUUUAUGCAUUUGUUCAUUUCCUUACGUACAACUGCGAAUGGUCAAUGUUAUACUGUAGUUAGCCUAUUUAUGUAUAUUCUUUGAGAAUGUUAUGUCUGUUGAUAUGAAUGGUGAAUUUUAUCACAAUGUAGAAAUUAUAGUAUUUGUUUUUAAGAGUCAGAAUAUUUUAUAAUGAAAUAUUUGGUAUUAAAAUUCAAGAUUGUU